AUGAACUUCCUCCUCCUCCCCCUCGCCGCCCUCAUGAGCAUGCUCUCGCUGGGCCUGGCACUCCCACCAGGAACAUCGCCGCGUUUCGUAAGAUAUCCACCAACAACACCAUUAACAACCCCCAACCAGAAACCAGCAGUACAUCUAACAACACUUCUUCAACAGGGUUCAUUGAUCCAAGACGACGGGCCAUCGUUCCCUUGCUACGAUAUCACUUGCAUUCCCGGCCCAGACGGCGACGCACAGUGCGCUAAUGAGGGAUGUACGGAGGGGUGUAUCCCAACGGCGAGCAAGUGUGGGACUUAG